AUGUCUGCUAUUCAUUUCAAUUCUCGAGUUACCUGUGCCCCGAAAGUAUUUAAGAAAUUAGAAAGUUUUACCUCGAUGACAGAAGAUGAUGAUGAACCAAUUAGACCAUUAUAUGAAUCAUUAACAUUAAUUUGCGAUAAUAUUUUAAAUAUGGAUUUGUCUUUGGAUACACAUUCUCAAAUGCAAUUAUUAGCAAACUUAUCAGUGUCCAAAAACGGGAAAUUACCACAAAUUGGACAAUUUAUUUCACUUCAAGAACUUUAUAUUGAAAAUUUAAUGUUUAAUAAUAAUUUUAAUGGAUUAAGAAGAUUUUCAUUUGAUUGUGGAAGAGAAGGAUUUGAUGCUAAUAAAUUAUUAUGUCAAAUGGCUGAGAAUAUACCAGAAUCACUUGAAACUAUUAAAAUUAGAAUGGUUUAUAGAGAUCCAUGGAUAUUUAGUGCUAGAGAUUUACGUAUAAAACGUUCAUUAACCCCGAGAGAUUUUUCAUCACCACCAUUAAUAUUUACAGCAAUAAAUAGCGAACAUUUUAAAGUUAUUAAAGAACAUGGAAUUCAAUUUGACAUGAAAUAA